CCGGCUGCUCCUGCCCCGCUGCCCCUGCCCCGCCGCCUCCGGACAUGGCUCUGAGCUGACUCGCCGAGGGACACAACCCCAGCUUGCUAUGGAGGAUGAAUUUUAAGAUGAAUACCUACCUUAGUGAUUUAUCCAAUACAUCGAUACCGGGAUAUUUCAAAGGCUCUGCACUAAAUUAUGGCAAUUUUUCUGCAAACAGCUCCAACGAGACGGAAAGCAACCUGGAUUCACCUGCCUUGGCCACCAGCAGGGCCAUCAUUGUGGGGCUGGUCCUCGGUGCCUUUAUCCUCUUUGCUAUCAUAGGUAAUAUCCUGGUAAUUCUCUCAGUGGCUUGCAACAGACAUUUAAGAAUCCCUACGAACUAUUUCAUCAUUAACCUGGCCAUAGCAGACCUGCUGCUGAGUUUCACUGUGCUGCCGUUCUCUGCCACGCUGGAAGUGUUGGGUUACUGGGCUCUGGGCAGGAUAUUCUGUGACAUCUGGGCAGCGGUGGAUGUGCUGUGCUGCACAGCGUCCAUCCUGAGCCUGUGUGCCAUCUCCAUAGACAGGUACAUCGGGGUGCGCUACUCGCUGCAGUACCCCACGCUGGUCACCAGGAGAAGGGCGAUCCUGGCUCUGCUGGGGGUUUGGGUCCUGUCCAUGGUGAUUUCCAUCGGGCCCCUGCUGGGCUGGAAGGAGCCGGCGCCGCCGGACGACCGCGAGUGCCGCAUCACCGAGGAGCCUUUCUACGCCCUCUUCUCCUCGCUGGGCUCCUUUUACAUCCCCCUGAUCGUCAUCCUCGUCAUGUACUGCCGCGUCUACAUCGUGGCCAAAAGGACUACCAGGAACCUGGAGGCGGGGGUGAUGAAGGAAAUGUCCAACUCCAAGGAGCUGACCUUGCGGAUCCAUUACAAGCACGAGGACACCUUGAACAACACCAGAUCCAAGGGUCACAAUCCCAGGAACUCCUUGGCUUUCAAACUUUUAAAGUUCUCCAGAGAAAAGAAGGCGGCCAAGACGUUGGGGAUUGUGGUGGGCAUGUUCAUCCUGUGCUGGCUGCCCUUCUUCAUCGUCCUGCCCCUGGGAUCCCUGUUCUCGGCUCUGAAGCCCCCUGAAACGAUCUUCAAGGUGAUUUUUUGGCUUGGCUACUUCAACAGCUGCUUGAAUCCCAUCAUCUACCCCUGCUCCAGCAAGGAGUUCAAGAGGGCUUUUAUCCAGAUCCUGAGGUGCCAGUGCCACCGGCGCAAGCAGCUGGGCUGGUGGCACUACAGCUACAGAAACUGGAACCGCUGCUCCCUGGAGCACGGCAGGAGAGAUUCCCUGGAAGACAGCGGCAGCUUCCUGAGCGGCAGCCAGAGGACUCUGUCCUCAGCCUCCCCCAGCCCCGGCUACGUGAGCAGGAUCAGCCGGCCGCAGCUGGAGCUGUGCGCGCUGCAGGACUGCAGCAACUGCGGCUCCCUGCUCAGCCCGGCGCGCCAGCCCGGCGGGCAGCAGGGCCACUGCCAGUUCUUCACCUUCCUGCCCGAGCACAACGGGCACAGCCAGGGCUCUGGGGGGGACCCCACGGGCACGGCCUGAAGGCAGCAGUGCCUGCAGGGCAGCUCAGGAUGGAACAGCCAUCCCCAGCGCUCUGUGCCUGCUGGACACCACCCUGCUGGCUGGGCCAGGCCCCAGGGAAGGCAUGGAGCCGUGCUCGGGUCCUCAGGAGGGAGCAGGGAGGGACAGCAGGGGUCAUGUCACAGCAGGGACUGCCCACAUUCCCAAAUAAUUCCCAGAGAAACUACUGAGGCGUGAGCAGAGGGCAGGGAGGGUGGCAGGGAAGGGUACAGGGAAUUCCUCAGGUGUCCUGGCAGAGCUGGACAGCAACACACCUGUGUGGGGUGGGCAGGGGGUGCC